UAGUCAUUUUAGAAUUCGCGGGUUUGUUGUUGGCGAACUUUGCGUUUUCACUUCCAUGAAACUGGUCUCACUCGGGUACCAGACUCUCAGCCUCGUACAUCCACAGAUCAGCGAUGGCGGUGUUGCUUUAUACCAUUCUCAUGUGCACAGUGGCUGUUGUGCUGAGUACCCCGGCCAGCAACGAAAAGUGGAAGUUAAUGGGGAAACUGCUGACUGAUCCCGAGUUCGGAACACCAACAGUCGAUGACUUGAUGAAACCAGUGUCGCCAACCCCCAUUGGAGACUCCAUGUGUGCAGACCUACACCACAUCUGGAAGGGAAUGCCAAGCAUGAUGAAGGAAAAGGCUAGCGACCUCGAAACCUCUUAUCCAACAGGAGAGUAUGCUAGGCCGUGUUAUUGGUCUUGGGAUAGAACGCCGCCUGCCUGCCCUACACAGUACCCUCCGUCGAAGAGCAUAUGUCAAAGGGCGAGGUAUUAUGCUAUCUUUGGAAAAAGGCGUUUUUGUUGCAACCCAAGACUUAACAAGCCUCCCAAACUAGAGGUUCGGUUAGGACAGAUAAGGUGUAAGUGUUGAUGUGUGGUGCAUCUAAUAAAGAAAUAUUUCAAA